GCUUCGCCAUUUUGUGCUGCUGCGCCGGGUAUUUAUCAGAAGAGUCGUGACUAUCCCGUCUGCACUGCUAGUUAGGUUGUCAGACGGUUCCUUGUGUACUCGGUUUUUCAUUAUCAAACUUGUGGCCUUCGACUGGUUUCGCGAAGUGCGAUUUUGGAGUCGACAUCCAUAAUUAAUUUUGUAUAUUUAGUUUAUUUUUAUACUGUGUGAGAAAGAAUGUCGGCCCCCGAAUACUCUCCGUUCUUCGCAGUGAUGGGCGCCUCUGCGGCUAUGGUGUUUAGCGCCUUGGGAGCAGCCUAUGGCACAGCUAAGAGCGGUACAGGUAUCGCUGCCAUGUCUGUGAUGAGGCCGGAGCUCAUCAUGAAGUCAAUCAUCCCCGUUGUCAUGGCGGGUAUCAUAGCCAUCUACGGCCUGGUAGUAGCAGUGCUGAUUGCCAACCAAAUUACACAGACAAUCCCCCUCUACAGGGCUUUCCUCCACCUGGGAGCUGGGCUGAGCGUGGGCCUGAGUGGGCUGGCGGCAGGCUUUGCAAUUGGCAUCGUGGGCGACGCAGGCGUGAGAGGCACAGCUCAACAGCCAAGGCUUUUUGUGGGCAUGAUUCUCAUCUUGAUUUUCGCUGAGGUCUUGGGUCUCUACGGGCUCAUUGUCGCCCUCAUUCUGUCCACGAAAUAAACAUCCAAACAUCUCCACUA